AUGCCAUUAAAUGAAGUGGCUAUAGCCGGGUUACCUAUUCGUUCUGAUUAUCAUAAAGUCUGGCAACUGGCAGAAAUUCCCCUAUAUACGAACGGAGCUGCGCAAGUAGAACAAAAUGUGAAUACGUCUAUUUAUCAAGAGGCUAAGAAUAUAUGUCGUUUUAAAUGGAAGAUUAUUAGUUUCGGCGCGGAUUUUUCGGGUAAUAGUAGCAAGGAUGUAUUUGUAUGCGCAAGUAUCCCACGCUCACAAAUCUCGUCGUCUAUGGAAGAAUAUGCGAUGCUAACGAGCCAUUUAGAGGGAGAAUAUAGGGUGAAGAAGGAUUAUUGCGUAUGCCCGCUUGACAUAGGUCGUAAAUGUGUGCACGUAGCAUCUUUAGUUUGGACUGUGGUUCAACAAAGUGGUUGGGCGGCGGCGAAUGAUUUUGAGAGGUAUAAAUAUGAUUCCAGUAUAAAGCAAUCUGACGAUGACGAAGACAGCAAUCUGUGCACAAGUAAGGAAAGUAAAUGGGAUGUACCAAGCUUUGUCACUGGAAAUAUAGACGAAGACGUAUAA